AUGUCCAAAUUCCAACGCUCCGUCCUUAUCACUGGUGGUACUACCGGUCUGGGAUACCAAUGUGCCCUAGCCGUAGCCCGUGACUGUCCAACCUACCAAGUGAUCAUCGCCUCUCGCAACGAUAACAGCGCUGCCGAAACCAUCAACAAGCUUCUCAACCAUAGCAACGUUCAAUUCAUGAAACUAGACCUUUCAAACCUCGCCAACAUCCGCUCCUUCGCCACAACCUGGGAAGCUUCCAACUUCCCUCCCCUCUACUCCCUUGUCUGUAACGCCGCGCUCCAAUUCCCCAACGCAGCCGAGUACACCGACGAUGGAUUCGAAAAGACCUUCGGCAUCAACCAUGUCGGACACGCUCUUCUCUUCUCCCUUCUACGCCCGUACCUCGCCAAUACCGCACGGAUCGUGAUAACGGGAAGUGGAACGCAUGACCCAGCAUAUAAUACAGGCAUGCCAGAUGCCUUCUACAAUACAGCAGAGGAACUUGCACAUCCGCUGCCAGAGUAUACUCAAGGCAACGGUAGACAGCAUUACUCUAACACCAAGCUAGCAAAUGUGCUGUACAUGUUUGCUCUGCAUCGUCGCUUUACAAAGAUCAAUGAGAAAACUGGGAAGCAUUGGACUGUUACGACCAUGGAUCCCGGGUUGAUGCCUGGGACUGGACUUGCAAGGGAGGCGAACGGCGUGGUAAAGUUUCUGUGGAAUCAUGUUUUACCGCACAUUCUCCCGCUUUUGAGGUUGCUUAUUUCGCCUAACAUACAUACGCCAGGGGAGUCUGGAGAGGCUUUGGCUCAAUUGGCCGUUGGGAAGAAUGUUGAGGGUGUGAGUGGUCGGUAUUUUGAGGGACGGAAGGAGAUUAUGUCCAGUAAGGAUAGCCUUGAUGAGGGUAAGCAGGAGGAUUUAUGGAAGUGGACUAUUGAUGCGGUGGCGCACGAUGAGGAAAAGGUGGCCUUCUCUCUUCAGGAUUUGCUUUGA